CGACAGAUUGUCUUUACAGUAAUUACCCUUGAAUUGUGCCGGAAUGGUUCUCUCAUUUAUCAUAGUGCAGAACCGACAGGGUAAGACACGGCUCGCGAAAUGGUAUGCGCCGUACAGCGAUGAGGAAAAGGUGAAACUAAAAGGCGAGGUCCACCGCCUGGUCGCCCCUCGAGACCAAAAAUAUCAAUCCAACUUUGUCGAGUUCAAAAGAAGUACAAAGAUUGUGUAUCGGAGAUAUGCCGGGCUCUUCUUUUGCGUUUGCGUGGACGCCAACGACAACGAACUAGCGUACCUCGAGGCUAUACACUUCUUUGUUGAGGUUCUGGAUCAAUUUUUCGGCAAUGUGUGCGAGCUGGAUUUGGUCUUUAAUUUCUACAAGGUGUACGCAAUUCUAGACGAGGUGUUCCUUGCGGGUGAGAUCGAGGAAACAAGCAAGCAAGUUGUCCUUACGAGACUGGAACACUUGGACAAACUAGAGUGAAAGAUUAAACACUGGAACAAACGCUGCUUUUCCUUUCUUGCUGGGAGUUCAUAGUUCUGCCGUUCUCUUGCAUGGACACAACAUGGAUAAACUGCCAUGGGUGGAGUUUGGGGUGUUUUAUCGUUCGGUUGGGAUGGUGUGGUUUAUAUAUAUAUGUGUACCGUCAGUCUUUUUGUAUUAUACAAAUGUCAUACAUGCGGCUACCGUUUCGAAGGUCUUCUGCAACUGGGAGGGACCCGACCCAGCAAUGUCCCUAGAGGUUACAUUGAUUACAUUCCGGUCGCCAUUAUCUCAUUAAAUGGUACCUGAUUUCAUCUCGAGAAGCCUCACAAAUUGCAAUUGCGCUUCUACACCUCGGUCUUUCUGAAAACAAUGGGAUCCUGUGCUGGUAACCGAACAAACUUUCCGCUGGCAAGGCUCAUCUAUAGAUACUCGGAGUCCGGAUGGUAAUUCAGUAUCGAUCCAACUCGAUAGAUAUGGACGUGUGGAACUCCGUCGGAA